UAACUUGCCGCUCGUCCACGCAUAGCCACGAAUUGUGAUUAAGCCGUGCCAAAUGCUAUUAUUAUAGGUACCUAAUUGAUGUUUGAGAUUAAUUACUGAGUACGUCUUAACCUAAUUAAUACUCUUGUUAUUUCGCCGUAUUAAUUGUUUGUUUUUUUUUUCUUCAUAUUAUUGUCAGCUGAUUUCCACCUACCUGCGAGUAUUCUGUGUGUUUCGCUUCAGUACUUAUUUUGUUGAAAAUGAGCGGUCUGAUGAAUUGAUAUUGUAGAAACUGCAAAUAUUUGUUUGUGUUUGGCCACCUUAAGCAUGGACGAGGAGGAGAGUCCGUGGUCACCGAACAUGGAGCUGUUAUCUGUAUUGGAAAAUAUUUUUACAAGUAAAAUACCCAAUGUAGCGUUUUUAAAACGUAUUUUGCGUGCUGCUAAGCCAAAUUUGUUGAAUGUAUUUAAGAAUCCACCGAAAAAUGUGAAAAGUCGAGAAGAAAUAAUAAAAUUAUUGGUAAACGGAAAUCCAAUUCAGAAAUUUGAGAUGUUGACAUUAACUAAAGAUAUGGCCGAAGAAGUGCUUAUUCUCUCAAAUAUGUAUGAUUUAGAUGAACUCAAGUCUUUAGAACUUUUAAAUACUGCUCAGAACCAAAAUCCAAAAUAUCCAAAUCUUUGCCGAGGUUUAGUAGCAGUAUUAUUGUAUUAUAAUGCACAUCACAGACUAGUGUCUUCUUUGAGACUUCUCAUUGAAGGAAGCAUAGGUCGUACUUGGAUUCCACGUAUAGAUCCAGCAUAUGCACAAUAUCUUGGCAAAUUUGUUGAUAAACUAAUGAAUGAUGGAUUAUUUAUUAACAUAUUAGUUGUAUUGGAGAACAAAGAUUUAAGUAAAGAAAUUGAAUUACUUAGAAAAAAUAAAGCGAUUGGUGGUCCAAAACAUCACCAAAGUGUUGUGAGCUUAUUUACUGAUAUUUGUACAAUGUUAGCAGAAUGUGUAUUUUAUUAUUCUAUUCAAUUUGGAUUAUCAAAAGAACAAUUAAUUAUGUAAGUUGAACAAUUUUGAUUUUUAAUUUUUAAUUAAAUCAGAAGUUAAAAGGAUGUGAUAC